AUGCGUGACGUGUGCAUCGACAACUACCACAACUCGCAGUGGGAAUGGAGAAGUGAGAUCACCGCACCAAACCGCGUCACCAUGUGCAUGAACACGUUUCGGAGUCGUUAUGCUGACAAAGUUGGUAUCAGUGUGCUACCUGGCCUGGUCGUGAUGCAGAUUUUCAUCAUGGGGGUAGUUAGUCUGUACGAAGUGAUGUCGCCCAAGAGGUUACGCUGGAUAAACCGUAACCAGUCGUUCGUGCACAAGCUUUCAUCCAUCACCAACUCACUAUCCAAGAGUCCGUCCAAGGCGCAAGUCGAGACCAAGACGAUGGCGAAGCUGGAAGAGCAGGAAGCGGCCCAAGCGGCCCCCGCUGAAGUGGAGGAGGACGUCAAGAUGUCGGACGCCGAGCACAGCGGCGAAGUCGCGGCCAACGAGGGCGAGGGCGGCGCCAGCGGCAGCAGCAAGAACAAGAAGAAGAAGAAGAACAAAAAGAAGAAGAGCAAGGCCGCCGCCGGUGGCGCGGGCUCCAAGCCGGCGCCGUUCCGCGGCGUCUCGGGCUUCACGGACAGCUACGUGGGCGUGGGCCAGACGGAGCCGCCCACGAUCCCCAUCGAGAAACUCUUCCCGGACGGCCACUUCCCCGUGGGCGAGAUCCAGGAGCACCCGGGCGACUUGAACACGUUCCGCACCACGAGCGAGGAGAAGCGCGCGCUGGACCGCGCCCAGGAGGACCUGUACGAGACGGUGCGCCACGCCGCCGAGGUGCACCGCCACGUGCGCAAGUUCGCGCAGAGUAUCAUGAAGCCCGGCGUCAAGCUCAUCGACAUGUGCACGCAGCUCGAGAACAAGAACCGCGAGCUCGUGGUCGAGGCCGGCUUUGCGCGCGGCAUUGGUUUCCCGACGGGCUGCUCGCUGAACCACGUCGCGGCGCACUACACGCCCAACUCGGGCGACGACACGGUGCUGUCGUACGGCGACGUGAUGAAGGUGGACUUCGGUACGCAGAUCAACGGACGCAUCAUCGACAGUGCCUGGACCGUUGCGUUCGACCCCCAGUUCGACCCGCUGCUCGAGGCCGCCAAGGCUGCGACCAACGCUGGUAUUGCCUGCGCGGGUAUUGAUGCCCGUCUGGGUGAAAUCGGUGGCGAGAUCCAGGAGGUUAUGGAGUCGUUCGAGGUGACUAUUGACGGCAAGACGUACCCCGUCAAGUCCAUCCGCAACCUGAACGGCCACUCCAUUGGCCCCUACCAGAUCCACGCCGGCAAGAGCGUCCCCAUCGUCAAGACGGAGGACCAGACCAAGAUGGAGGAGGGUGAAAUCUUCGCCAUCGAGACGUUCAACACCACCGGUCGCGGUUACGUGGUCGAGGACGGCGAGUGCUCGCACUAUGCCAAGGCGUUCGACGCUCCGCACGUGCCGCUGCGUCUGCCGCGCGCCAAGAAGCUGCUCGGCCACAUCACGCGCACGUUCGGCACGCUGCCGUGGUGCCGCCGAUGGAUCGAGCGCGAGGACGGUGGCUCGGCCACCAUUAACCCUAAGGGCGCCAAGCAGGAGAAGUACCUGAUGGCUCUCAAGAACCUGGUGGACACGGGUAUCGUCACGGCGUACCCGCCUCUUGUUGAUGUGAAGGGCAGCUACACCGCACAUUGUGUCUCGCGGCGAUGA